GCCCCAUCGCGACCAAGCGCAAAUACUUGACAACUGCUGCACGCCCCACUGCUGUGGCAGUUACUCUCCAUAAUGUCCCGGUUUCGCAACCGAGACCGGUCCAACAGACAAGGACGUGGUCAGAUCGAGCAUAAUGUGCUCGAGGGGCUUCCAAUCAACCAGUACAGAGAGAUCGAAGUCACGGUCGGACCCAAUGCUGCAGACAGCAAGCCCGUGGACGUCAACGCGUGGCCCGAACUACACAUGCCACGGGAUUCUCACAUGUUACCGGAGCACUCACAGCAACUACUUCGCGCUGCACGCUCUGGACGCACCAUCCAACCUCCAGCUCCGCCUGAAGAUGAUGACAAUGAGCUGAAAGACGAGGAGCCAGAGCACAAGCAAGUGUCGAUAGGAUUCACCAUCAAGAAGUAUGUAAAAGUCGCGCGACACAACGAAGCGCCGGAACCGGAGUACCUUGCAAAGAGGCGCAAAGGUUUGCCAUCACAGUACUUGAAUGGUCAGGUUCAAGCGCCGCUCAGGGAGACCAAAGUCAAGAAGCUUGACGCCGAAGGCAAUGUUGCAGUAUAUAAGGUCCUGGCACCAGAAGGACAGGUAGUAGAGGGUGAAGUCGCACCUACCGAUGCUGCUAUUGAGGUCGCACCAGUCAUUGCGGCGCCUGGCACUGUCGUCGAAGGAGUUGGCGUUGUGAACGCAGAAGGCAUAGUGGUCGCAAACGACAUCCUACAGCAAACACCGCCAAGGAGAAGACCGCCUCCGCCUAAGAAGAAGAAGACGAAGCACAUCCCACGACCUGGGCCAGGGAGAGGCCGAAAGAAGGUCGACUUCGUUGAUGGUGCAGAAAGGCAAGGCACUCCAGCACCCGGCGGUGAUGGUGUCAUGCCUGCCAUCCGCGAAUUGAAAGAGGGCGAGGGAGGAUCUGUGGAGCCAUCUGACCGCGACACGCCCAUGGGUGAAGCUGGAGAGGACGAUGAGUCUGGAGAGGAAGGCUCAGAAGAUGAGGAACAGGAGCACGACCAGGAUGACGGAACUCCAGUGACACCUUCGAAGGCAUCAGCACCGGCACCUGCACCUACGAGCGCCCCAGUCGUGGAGAUGACCGAUGCUCCUAAUGUUGUCGCCCCUACAGAGUCAGCAAUUGUCAUAGAAGAGGCUAUGAUCAUUCCACUCGAGACUUUGCAAUCUCCUGUAGAGGCAGCUCAACCGGCGUUGAUAUCGGCACCUGAGCCUGCAGAGGCUGCAGAACUGACUACUGCUCAAGAUCGAUCCAGCUCACCAGAACUUCCAUUGUCCGCAGCCAACCACAGCAGGCAAAACUCAACAAGUCAAGUGCCCACUUCAGCUACCGCGAUCGAACUGAUCGCAUCGGAGACAGCACCAGCAGAGCCGAUAUCAGCAGACCCAGCAUCAUCGAAGUCAGUCCCAACUGGAUUAGUUGCGUCUGAACCAAUUACAGCUCCCGUCCCAUCUACAGAGACCGAGUCCGUACCUGCGAGCGUAGACAUCCUAGCAGGCGAACCCACCGACGAAUCGGUGUCCGUACCAGCACCAGAACCUGCAGCAGUGCCUUCUCAUGAACAGUCUUCUGCAGAGCCAGCAGGAAACACACCAGAUCUGCUGGGCAGCUUAGAGGCGGAGCUAGACAAAGAGUAGGACUCCUUCAUAGUGGCUUGAAGGUGAUUGAGGAUGUUCGCAGUUCUUUGCGGGUCCUGCGUCUUAGCAUGAGAACGCAGAGGAUGGCCGUCAAUCUGGGAUGGGGCAGCUCCUGUAAACCUCAGGAGAAGUCAAUGCAUCAAUUCUGGUAUGAAGAUCGAGCACCUACCAGCAAAUGAGCGAAGAAAUCUCUUUCACGCGGAUGGUUGGAGCAUUGGAUGCAUCGCGUAGCUUCAAGCAGAUAGAACUAUCGAUACCGUUACACUUGGCUGGGAC